GUGUAACGGUAAGAAAAACGCCUCUCAUUCCAAAGCAAAAAACAAAAGCUAUAGAGAGAGAAACAAAACCAGAAGAGAGAUAAAGUGAGAGAGAGCUCAAGGAAGAAGAAGAAGUCUAGGGUUUUUCUUAGCCUUCAAAGGGAAAGAGAAUGCAUCCACAGAAACAAGGGAGUGAACUUCCACAAGCCUUAACUCAGUCAGGACAAAUUUCUAGUACUACCUUGAGUUUCAACGGUUUGAUGACUAAAGAAGAUGAAGAGAUGUCAAAAUCUGCUCUUUCGACUUUCAGAGCUAAAGAAGAAGAGAUCGAGAAGAAGAAAUUGGAGGUCAGAGAGAGAGUUCAACUUCAAUUAGGCCGGAUCGAAGAAGAAACCAGACGUUUAGCCAUUAUUCGAGAGGAACUUGAAACUUUAUCGGAUCCAACUAAGAAGGAAUUAUCUAUUGUUCGAAAGAAGAUUGAUACAAUCAACAAAGAUUUGAAACCCUUGGGACAGGCUUGUCAGAAGAAGGAAAGGGAAUACAAGGAAACUCUUGAAGCUUUCAAUGAGAAGAACAAGGAGAAAGUACAGUUAAUUUCAAGAUUGAUGGAGCUGGUGAGUGAAAGUGAGAAAAUGAGGAUGAAGAAGCUUGAGGAGCUAAGCAAGAGCAUAGAAUCUUUCAAUUGAAUUGAAUUGAAUUGAUGAUGAUGAAGAAGAAGAAGAUUUGGAUAACCUAUUGUGAGAUAACCUGAUUGCAGAUAAAAACUGAUUGUGACUAUUGUGAGAUGUAUGUAUUUAAGGAAGAUGAAGAUCAAGAUGAAGACUUUUCUUUAUUAUUUUACAUAUGUUUGUUUCUUUUGGGGGUUGGUUUGUAAUUCUAUUAUUGCUUUUCAUUAUUAUCAUUGCUUGUUUUUAAGGUUUUUACUUGUA